AUGAUCUUGAUCGCUUCGAAGUCAGCGAGGCGAGACGAAUAUGGGCUUGUUCAAACUAAGCCUCUCAAACGUCAGCGCUCCAGCUGCAACACAAGCCCGCCGUCGUUGCCGCCAUUCUACUAUCGGGCCGUUCUACAUCAAUUGAUCACAGAUCCCGUGAUCGGCGGGAUUACUUCUCAAUCCCAAGCUACGAUAACGAUGAGUCGGAUGACAACAGCCGCCCUCAAAUUCAAACCUCACCAACCUGGCAAGCUUUCCAUCAGCCGAAACGCAUCCCACUCAUGCGCCUACUGCUUCGCAACAAAGAAACCAGGGGAAGACCCGUUCCCCGUAUGCGCGGGCUGUAAAGCCGUCCGAUACUGCAAUCGCGAGCACCAAAAAGCAGAUUGGAAAGCGCACAAAACAUUCUGCCAAAACCAAAAAAACGCCUCAGAAAUUCUCGCGCGGAUCGAAGCGCCCGGGUCCUCCGGCCUUUCCCCCGUCCAAGAAAUCCAACAACGUCUCCAAGAUUGGUCAGGCGUACAUCUCUACUCAAUCCACGAAGCGAUCGUCUCAGCCGUCCAGCUUGCGGGACCCCAAUUCAACAUUGAGAAGGGGUACAUACGCAUUAGGGUUGGCGAACGCACGAAUAACGAUGGGAACCCUGCUACAGCGUUUUUUAUCAAGAAUGUGAUGUUAUCGACUGACCCAGAGUCGAUGAAGAUAACGGCGAGGGAUGCGGAUAUGCAUCAUGUGUACCCUGAUAAUUUUAUUCGUGCGGAGAUUCAGCGUAUGCGCCCGUAUUUGAAAGAUACGAUGGCGAGGCGGGCGGGUAGCAUGAGGCAGGGGGAGGAGUUCAUUGGGUAUAUCAAUGUGAUAACCGAGGGAAUCCCGCUGUUUCCUAUCGCACAAUCGAUUCCGGCCUACCGAUGGAAUGAACCAGAUGUGGAAUGGUGUCUCACACUGAAGCAAGCAGUUGAUACGGGACUGGUAUAUCGUAAAGUUGACGAGCCAAGGGGAAGUUUUUGGGCACCUGGAAAAAUGGUUAAGAAGAAAACAAACUGGGUAUGGGUACAGCGAGAGACAUAG